AGAUCAAGAAGUAAGAAAAUGCCAAAGGCAAUAGGGCUGCAUCCCUGCCUCCAUCCCGCGCACAUUGUGAGAGCAAAACCAGGGGCUGGAGCCCCUAAGUGCCUCAUGGGCCAGGGUACGUGCCCUAAGAACAGGGGUACGUGACCUAAACAGGGGUACGUGCCCUAAACAGGGGAAACAGGGGACGUGCGCUGCAUUGCUGCGUCCGCUCACAUCUAAAUUCACAGUAUAAAUAGGAGCAGGGAUCGACCAUCUCCCCACCAAGAGAUAAACUGAUCGAGCUAAGUCGCGUCUGCUUAUUAAUUGCUCUGCUUUUUUAACUCCUCAAUGGCUGGCAAGAAUGAAAUGGCAGAACAAGAAGUAAUCACAAUCUUGAGCAUCGACGGCGGAGGUGUCCGAGGCAUCAUUCCUGGAGUAAUUCUUGGCUUCCUUGAAACCGAACUUCAAAAGAGGGAUGGGCCGAAUGCGAAGCUAGUAGACUAUUUUGACAUCAUUGCCGGGACGAGCACCGGGGGGCUUAUUGCGGGACUACUGGCGACGCCAGACGAGCACGGUCGACCUCUGCUUCCGGCCAAAAAUAUCGUCGAAUUUUAUUUUGAGGUGGCUCCAAAAAUCUUUGGUCCAACUUCAGAAACAGGCAACAAAUCAUCAAUGGAGGUUUCUGAGAAAGCAGAAGUUGGAAGGAACAAGGACAAGGAGGAGGACGACCCCACAUCGGGCAUCUCUCUUUUAAGUCCCAAACACAACGGCGAUGAACUCCAUAAAAUAAUAAAGGAACGGGCGGGAGACAAAAAGCUCAGCGAGACAUUAACCAACGUCAUCAUCCCCUCCUUCGAUAUCCAGUUCUUCCAGCCCGUCCUCUUCUCCACCCUCAGGGCAAAAGAAGAUAAGUCAUGGGAUGCACCAGUAUCAGAUGCGUGCAUAGCAACAAGUGCAGCGCCAUACUAUUUACCACCCUAUUAUUUUGAAGCUAAAACUCCCAAAGGGACCAAGAAGUAUAAUCUGGUUGAUGGUGGUGUUGCUGCCAACAAUCCUACCCUGCUUGCAGUAAGACAAGCCCUAGGGAAGCUAGCUCCAGGGAAGGAGGAGGAGGCCAUGAAGCAGAUUGUGUAUAACAAGAAGCUCCUCAUACUAUCACUGGGAACUGGAACGUCAAAAACCACAGAGAAGCUAGCGGUGGAUGAUCCCCAAAGUUGGGGAUUGGUGAAAUGGGUUAAAGGCCCUUACGGUACUGUCCCUUUGCUUGAUGUGCUCAGCUUUGGAUCCACUGAUAUGGUCGACAUCUAUUUGUCCAUGUUCUUUCCUUUUCGAUCCGCUCAAAACCCCAACUAUCUUCGAAUUCAGGAUGACACAUUGGGGUAUAAUGAAGGUGUACUGGACGACGCAAGUAUAGGAAAUCUUGAGAAUCUGAAAAGCAUUGGGGAGAGGCUCUUGGGGAAGGCUGUGUCUGCUAUUAAUCUCGACAAUGGUCGCAUGGAGCCUGUUCAAGGAGGAGGCACAAAUGAACAAGCACUCGUCCAGUUGGCGGGCAAAUUGUCAAGUGAGAAGAAGGUCAGGCAACUUGGUAGUAGGAGUACUACUACUGCCUAAUACAGCUAGAGAUUACAAAUAACUCAACAUGGAAUAAUAAAGAAUGUACGUAGCUACCUGGCUGCAGGCUACCUACUGUGCUACUCUAUUCCAUCGAUCUCUUUCUGUCUACUGGAAUAACUAGAGAUCUAUCAAAUAUAUAUACACGCACACAUAUAGUCUCUCUUUUAUUGUACGUUUAGUAAGAAUAAAGCAGAGCCAUGCAUGCAAGAGUACGUACACUUUAGUUGGGCUUACAUACAUGUUCUCCUGUUCUCUAAGAAAAUUAUAAGAAAUAUGUAUAUGUAUUGAAACGGGGGUAGCAAUAAAUUUUAUAUAUUUCAAGAUA